GCUAGUCUUUAUCGCCUCAGGUAUGUCGUUUCCACUGAUGUGAGUCUCAUGGUUUUCUUUUGUUUCUCACCUUUUGUCGGCAUCAGUUUUCAGCGCGUAAUGUUUCAGUCAUCUUAUCAGUUGUUUGGUUCAGUGUGGCAGUGUAUUGUUGACUUCUUCAAGUUUAGGUGCAUAUCGUUCACAGUUCAUUUAUGGAUGUGCUUUUGUUUGUUUUUCUGUUUUAAUGUUCUGACUGAAGCAGAGUCUAUUUAAGACAGUAGGAUGCUUUGCUGGCGGACUUGGAGUCGACAACCUCCCACAUCUCCAAGCGGCCGGUGUUUCUGCCGGACGAGACGCCCUACUCUUUCCCCACGGGAGGACCGGCCUCGCCCCCUGUACCCCAACCUCCCUCUGCUGAGGCCCUGAACGGAACCGCGCUCGACCCCCUAGAAUCCACCCGCUCAUCCACACAGUCCUACAGCAGUAGCUCCCCCCCCUUACCCCAAAGUGAAGACGACCACGUCUACAGCUUCCCCAACAAGCAAAAGAGUGCAGAGGCUGCCAUGAGUUCCUUCCUGGGCAGCAACUUGUCGGAGUUGGACCGGCUGCUUCUGGAGCUCAACGCUGUGCAACACAACACGCCCUCCUUCCCGACUGAGGAGGAGACAGCCCCGCCCCUCCCCUCUAGCAGCACCACCCACUAUGUGCAGGAGAACGGGAUUUCGGGGGCCGGCAAGGUGCCUCCCCCCACCAUGGAGAAGCCCAAGCGCAGCGUGGCCACCAGGGUCAUUGAAGACGUGCGCCCCAGCGUUGAGAGCCUUCUGGACGAGCUAGAAAGUUCUGUACCCUCCCCCAUCCCCACCCCCUUGGUGGAGUUUACAGAGGGGGAGGAGGAGACGCCCUCCCAGCUGCAGGCCAGAAUCUCUGCCUCCUCCGCCACACGGGAGCUCGACGAGCUCAUGGCCUCGCUGUCCGACUUCAAAGUCCAGAGCAAUAUCCUGGCCCAGGGGAAGAGCUUGCCCGCGGCUCCCCCCAAACAGGCCAACAAGCUGGACAACAUGCUGGGCAGCCUCCAGUCAGACCUCCAUAAACUGGGCGUCCAGACCGUGGCCAAGGGAGUGUGUGGGGCCUGCAACAAGCCCAUAGUUGGACAGGUGGUGACCGCUAUGGGGCGCACGUGGCACCCGGAGCACUUUGUGUGUACCCACUGUCAGGAGGAGAUCGGUUCCAGGAACUUCUUUGAGCGGGACGGAGCGCCCUACUGUGAGAAGGACUACCACAACCUGUUCUCCCCACGCUGCCACUACUGUAACGGACCGAUCCUGGACAAAGUGGUGACGGCACUGGACAGGAACUGGCAUCCAGAACACUUCUUCUGUGCUCAGUGUGGAGCUUUCUUUGGUCCAGAGGGCUUCCAUGAGAAGGAUGGGAAAGCGUACUGUCGGAAGGACUACUUUGACAUGUUUGCGCCCAAAUGUGGAGGCUGUGCCCGCGCCAUUCUGGAGAACUACAUAUCAGCCCUAAACUCCCUCUGGCACCCUGAGUGCUUCGUCUGCAGAGAGUGCUUCACCCCCUUUGUAAAUGGGAGCUUCUUUGAGCACGAGGGCCAGCCCUACUGCGAGGGCCACUACCACGAGCGCCGCGGCUCCCUCUGCUCGGGCUGUCAGAAGCCCAUCACGGGCCGCUGCAUCACAGCCAUGGCCAAGAAGUUCCACCCCGAGCACUUUGUCUGUGCCUUCUGCCUCAAGCAGCUCAAUAAGGGCACCUUCAAGGAGCAGAAUGACAAGCCAUACUGCCAGGGCUGCUUCAUCAAGCUCUUCAGCUAGGGAGCUAACCCACUCCCCAGCUGUGUGUGUGUGUGUGUGUGUGUGUGUGUGUGUGUGUGUGUGUGUGUGUGUGUGUGUGUGUGUGUGUGUGUGUGUGUGUGUGUGUGUGUGUGCCUGCGUUUGUGCGCAUUCGUGUGUGCAAUUCUCUACGGUUCAGCCCUAAGUGUGCACUUGCACCCUUCAUGAAUUUAAAAGGAAAUGACAGGUGUAUGAAAUAUAGUGGAAACUCCAGCCCAUGCCAACACCAAUCCAAUGCUUUAAAAUGUGUGGGGAGGAGUACACAGGAAGAGAAUCGGGGACACGUGUGUGUGUGUGUGCGCGUGUGCGUGUCAAAAGGUGAAGGCUUGGAUAGAAGGCCGUCGGUGGCUAUGAUGAGGAAGCAGAGAGUUGUCCCUUACUGUGCAUGUAGCUGAGAUGAGACUGGCCAUUAGAAAGCUCCCCUACAGUCACCUGGAGGUUACUGCAGACAGGACUCAAUGCUCCACAGAGCCUUCAGGGCCGCGGGGUUGACAUUUCAAGAGUUCCAGAAAGCAUGAGGUUUAAAGCGAGCCCAAAGAGAUUUUUGUAAAUGUAAAACGAGCAAGAGAAGCCAUUUUUGUGAGAGGCGGUUUUUAUGUUCUGUUCGAUUUAUUUUCCUGUCCUAAUAAUGGUAGACUGCGUUAUCGUGUGACCGACGUGUGGAGGUCAGGUUAUAGGGGUCCUGGGAUGGGUUUAGACAGGUGUUCAGGCAGUACUUAGUACACACAGAAUGUUGUUGACAUUCACCAGGCAGCGUUUUGCCUAUUAGUCCAAAAUAUGCAGUAUGUCGGUGCCAUUGCAAAUGCACACCUAUGAACUGUCUCUUGAUCUCAAACGCAAACACACACACACACAGAGACACACACUUUAUACUCUGAGAAGAGGAAAAGCUCUCGUCUCCUCUUUCCCUCCUCCCUUUCUUUUCACUUCUCUGUAAGACCAGUUCAAACACUUGGUGCUCAUUCAACUCAAUCAUAGAUUCCUCUCUCUGUGGCCCUCUUGGGGCCAUUUUACAGCCUGGUAUGGUCACAAUAUCAGGGUCCUAUUUUUGUACACUUUUCCUAUGGAAAUGUUCAUAUGCUAACAAGGACAGCUCAGCGGCAUUGAUUUAGUACAUCCGUUUUCCUUUUCCCUGUUUGCUUAAUUUUUCCAAUGGAACGGUACAAAACUCUCAAAUGUGUUUGUACAAAACGAGACAUGUUGUUUAGACACACAUACUCACACUCUGUCUCCAGACUAUAGCUCUUUUCGUUGUGCUAUGGACUCUCCGUUUCUAUUUUCUGUAGAUCAGUCUUUGCGCCACCGAUCUCAUAUGAAUUCUCAUUCAUGUAAUCUGAUUUUAAAAGAACGCGCAUUUGAAUAUUGUCUUUCCCUUGAUGUGGACAGGGUGGCGGUGUUUGGGUGAGUGUUGGCGACCUCUCAUCUCGGAAGCACUCUGCUCAUCCCUUACCUUCCGUCCGCUUUGGGUAGCGAGGCAGCUCUUAGCCUGGCAACCAAACUGAGCACAGCGUUCUUCAGUCUGGUGUAACCAGGCUAGGCUUCUCCCUUCCUAUAAGGAAACAGGACAAAAUACUAGAGCAUGUUGAUUUGAAACAACAUGUUAAUUGUGUGUAUUUUGCCUUUUUAUUUGCUACUAUUCGCCCACACAUUUAUCCAAGUCUUAAAAUGAAUAAAUCAGAGUGAAUGGAGAGUGCUUUUCUUGGGGCAAUGUUUUGUUGUACAUUUAGCUACUGACAAUGUGUGUGUUUUCCCUCAGAUACUUCAAAAGGAAGUAAUAGAGGGAGACUUGGUCCUUUUAAUGUACGGGGGAGGAUUGGUUUUUAACCUCACUGCUUAUUGACUGAUUGAGCAACACACAUUCUGCAAUACAAGUUGCGAGGAGGUUUUUGUCAGCAUUUUCUGCAUAUUUGUAUUACAAUCACAAUAUUAAAUUGACUUUAACAUACUUGGUUUAGUGGCAUGGAGCGGUAUUGUCACUGUAUGAUUUUGAGCUCUGUAGCUCACACUGAUAUGCAAAGAGCUGGCUCUAUGGACAAAGACAUAAGUGGACCCUAUUACACACACACACUAGGUUGGUUUCCAGGCAACAGGGCCAAUUCUAACCAUGGGUUCCUGAAAUGCCCUCAGAGUCACAUGGUAAUCUGGACACACAGAUCUGCAGUCAGUACCUAGUCUGUUUCCCAAAUGGCACCCUCUUCCCUAUAAAGUAUUCUGCUUUUGACUAGGACCCAUAGUGCUCUGGUCAAAAGUAGUGCACUAUAUAGGGAAUAGGGUGCCAUUUGGGACGCAUGACAAGUCAAUAAUGGCAUCCAAAUCUCCUCGUUACCUGAUCCCAAAUCACUGCAGUGGGUCAGUUUUGAGCAUUUGUUUUUGAUAUGUACGUAAUUGAUUUACUUAUUUCAUCAUCCACUGUUUAUUUUUUUUCAAGUGACCUUGUAAUGUUGCAUAUUUGAAACAUUGUGAAGCAGGUGAUUUUAACUUUACACAUGUUGCUUAUAUUUUUAUGCUAAAUCUUUUUUUAUGGUUUCCAACCCAGUUGUCAUCACUUGGCAUGUUGGUUGUGGUAUAUAUACACACACAUACGUUUCAUUUUCAUUUCUUAACACUUUGAAAGAAUAAAGAUAAUUGUGCUAGUGCCAAAUUUUCAAUGCAAUGUCUUUAACACUGUUGAGGUAUAUGGCGCACUUCCAAGUCCUUGCUGCGAUCGGAUUGGUGAAGCCAUUUUUGAUGUCGUAGAACAACAUUGGCUGGAUCAGCCAGUGUCAUGGGGUGCAUCUCAAACAUCUAAAUUGGCUUCCUCUCCUCUGUUUAUUUCCUCCAUAUGUGUUGAUGUGAAAGUACUGGACAGGUGAAAGCAAACCCCUCGAAUACAACCUCAAUAUAGCUUACAGUGAAGUGUAAAUGAAGAAGAGACAAAUAGGGAAGCCAUUUUAGACUAUUGAGAUGCACCUCUGGGUUUUGGGUGUCAGUAAAAGAGAGGCAAAUACCUUAGAGGGGGCAAACUGAGGAUGGCCUCACAGCACAGUAUAGUUGGCAGAUUAAAGGUGUAUAGUAAUUGUUGCUUUAAAAUUACUACAUGUUACUAUUGGUGGUUUUUGUGUCUGGCCUCCUCAGGCUGGGGUGCCAUUUCUGGUGAAACCCCCUGAGAUGUGGGUUUUUAAAGCACUUUCAGCCUUGCUAUGCCAUAGAUUCCUUGAGCUUCUCUAGUAGUGCAACUGUGUUGACAUGAACAUGAUGAAUCUACAGAGUGGCAUUUCACCUAGCCUGGUUAAUGAGGAAUGCUGCUAACAUAAUAUUCAGAUUUAAUUUUGAAAUUCAUAGACUGAGGUGUAGCAGAAGAAGGGUUAGUACUACUUCAUAUUGACUCUGUUUUAAGUCGGGCUCUUUCUAAGCCAUUAAAUCCUAAAUUGUUCAAGUUAGUGUGCCAAAUAAUGUAUCAAGCUCAAUGAAAUAUCCCUCUGGUAACCUUUAUAGCCAUGCUUUGGAGACCGGAGACACAGACAAUGAAAACAAGUGUAAGUGCUGCCAGGGUGCCUGAAUCUAGCCCUGGACAGUUACAGUUCAAAGUUGAAUGAGUUCCUCAAUCAAGGGGAAAUUACUGGAAAGAUUUCUUGAGAGUAGCCAUGACCACAGGUUUAGGCACCAGCCCAAAUGUUAUAAUGCAACAAAUGGGGCCCUUUAAAGAGAGGCUUGAGAGCAAGUUACUUUGGUGUAUCUCUAGACACCCUAUGUAAGUUUUUAUUUUUAUCUACACCCUAUGUAAAUCAUCAGGGAUUGUGAUUAUUAUUUUUUGCUACAUUUAUUUAUCCUAUUACAUUUCUUUGCUUUAGUUCAAUACUCUCUCUGUUGACUCAGAAAUCCCAGACCUAAGUGGGAAGCAACCCAUCUGCCUAGGCAGACUACUCUCAAAGCCUUUUUAUUUUAAUGUUUCCAAGUUAACCUUGACAUUUGAUCCCCUUAAUUUAUCUGAAAGGAACUAUUUUCCCCCAAUACUCCUGAGUGGUGCAGCGGUCUAAGGCUCUGCAUCGCAGUGCUAGAGGCAUCACUACAGACCCUGGUUCAAUCCCGGGCUGUAUCACAACCGGCUGUGAUCGGGAGUGCCAUAGGGUGGCACACAAUUGGCCCAGCAUCAUACGUGUUUGUCCGGGGUAGGCUGUCAUUGUAAAUAAGAAUUUGAUCUUAACUGACUUGCCUAGUUAAAUAAAAAAGUGGUUUUGUUUUUUCCUUUCCUUUCCUCCUGCCUGUUUUAUUUGCCCAUGUACCUCUGUUGUCAUGUUUUAUGGGAUGGCUAUAUGGUACCUGAUUGCUGAUAAUUUUUAAUUAAAUGUGAUUGAUGCCAAUAAAUAAAUUGUUUAUUUCUGA